GUUCUCUCUCGCUGCUUCGCUUUCCUUAGGGUUCCCGACGAGGAAAAAGAUACGGCUUUUGUUGGGAUCGUGGCUUCGCCUCCGUCUCCACUCGACGCAUGUUCAUGGCUGGCCCAGAACUGUAAAGAAACUGGGAGGAGUGUUCUGGUCAUGGAUCAGUCAACCCAACCGCUGCAGCCUGUGAUGGGAAUUGUCACUGGUGCUGCCCAAAUAGCAUAUGUUGCCCCUGCUUACCAACCAGCUUCUAUAGUAACUGGAGCUCCAGCAGCGGCUGGAACUUUACCAACACCACCUACUUCAGCAUUCACCACAAACCAAACCCAGCUUGCCAGCCAGCACCAGGUUGCGUACCAGCAGGUCCAGCAGUUCCACCACCAACAACAGCAACAUCAGCAGCAACAGCUUCAGGCAUUCUGGGAUAACCAGACAUUAGAGAUAGAACAAACCAGUGAUUUCAGGAACCAUAGCCUGCCGCUGGCACGAAUAAAGAAGAUCAUGAAAGCUGAUGAGGAUGUCCGUAUGAUCUCGUCUGAGGCUCCUGUAGUGUUUGCUAAAGCAUGCGAGUUGUUCAUUUUGGAGCUGACACUGAGAGCAUGGAUCCACACCGAGGAGAAUAAAAGGAGAACGCUGCAGAAGAAUGACAUUGCAGCUGCUGUAACCAGGACUGACAUAUUUGACUUUUUGGUCGAUAUAGUUCCCAGGGAUGAGUUGAAGGAUGACGGCCUUGGGAUUCUGAGAGCUGCUUUGCCCACUGUUGGUGGUUCUGCUGACUCGAUUCCUUAUUAUUAUGUGCCAGCACAAAAUCAGAUGCCAGGUGCCGGAGUGAUCAUGGGAAAGCCUAUUGAUCAAACGGCUGCCUCAGCAGCAUAUGCUGCUCAACAGCCUCACUCGGUAGCAUAUGUGUGGCAGCUCCCUCAGGCUCAGCAACCUCAGCCACAUCCCCAGCAGCACCAGCCUAUACCUGAAAGUGACUGAGUGUGAUAUAGAUGGAUAGCUACGAGCAAUCAUGUCUGACAGAAUAGCAAACAACUCUUAAACAUGUCGGUGUGCGAGAUGGUUAUUAUUACUGAUAGUGUUAGUCCUCAGCAGAAAAAUGAAAAAAAAGAAAAGAAAGAAAAGGUAUGCCAAGCCAUUGUGAAGUUUUUCAUUUUUCAACUGCUGACGGGAAAAGAAGCAUUAUUAACUUAAAGUUGUAUAACUAAGAAUGCAAUGAUCUUUAGUGGCCUUUGCUGUGAGAUUUUUAUUUCAGUAGUUCUCUUGACUGAUGGUUAGUUUGAGGCUUUUUUUCCGGGUGAUGUUGUGGUUUACCAGAUCAAUUGUUACUGUUUUAGUUCAAA